CUCUCUGCCCUUUCUCCGCCCCCUCCCCCCUUUUCUCCCUUUCCAGCCGUCAGCCAUGCUGAACGUCGCCGCCCGCUCGAUGCGCCUGGCCUCGGCCUCGCGCAGCGCCGGCGCCCUCGCGCCUCAUUUUGCCCGCCGGAUGUUCGCCUCCAGUGCCAAUGACGCCUCGACCGAGCGUCCCCUCAAUGCCGAGUGGUCCAAGAUGGCCUCCAAGGAGAUGCGCGGUGGCGACCCGAACAACCUCAUCUUCCAGACCCCGGAGGGUAUCCCCAUGCGGCCGGUCUACACGCGGGCCGAUCUGCCGGCGUCGGUCUACGGCGCGGCUGGCGCCGACCUGACCCCCGAGCAGAUGGCCACCGCUGAGGGCGAGCUCCCCGGUAAGUUCCCCUUCACUCGUGGCCCGUAUGCCACCAUGUACACGGUUCGCCCCUGGACCGUGCGCCAGUAUGCCGGCUUCUCCACCGUCGAGGAGUCCAACGCCUUCUAUCGGCGCAACCUGGCCGCCGGCCAGCAGGGUCUGAGUGUGGCCUUCGAUCUGGCCACCCACCGCGGCUAUGACUCCGAUCAUCCUCGUGUGGUGGGUGAUGUCGGUAUGGCCGGUGUAGCCAUCGACUCCGUGGAGGAUGUCAAGAUUCUCUUCGAUGGCAUUCCCCUGAACAAGAUGUCCGUUUCGAUGACCAUGAACGGCGCGGUUCUGCCCAUCUUGGCCAUGUACAUCGUGGCCGCCGAGGAGCAGGGCGCCCGGCUGGAUGAGCUGGCUGGUACCGUGCAGAAUGACAUCCUCAAGGAGUUCAUGGUCCGCAACACCUUCAUCUACAACCCGGCCAUGUCCAUGCAGGUGAUUGCCGACAUUUUCGCCUUCACCUCCAAGAACAUGCCGAAGUACAACUCCAUUUCCAUCUCCGGCUACCACAUGCAGGAGGCCGGGGCCGACUGUGCCCUGGAGCUGGCCUUCACCAUUGCCGAUGGCAUUGAGUACUGCCGCACCGGUGUCCGUGCCGGUUUGGACAUUGAUGCCUUUGCGCCGCGGCUGUCGUUCUUCUUCGCCAUCGGCAUGUCCUUCUACAUGGAGAUUGCCAAGCUGCGCGCUGCCCGGCGUCUGUGGGCCACCCAGGUGAAGAAGCACUUCUCCCCGAAGAACGAGAAGUCCCUCCUGCUGCGUACCCAUUGCCAGACCUCCGGUGUGUCGCUCACCGAGCAGGAUCCCCAUAACAAUGUCAUCCGGACCACCAUCGAGGCCAUGGCCGCCACCCUGGGCGGCACGCAGUCCCUGCACACCAAUGCCCUGGAUGAGGCCAUCGGCCUGCCGACGGUCUUCUCGGCGCGAAUUGCCCGUAACACCCAGCUCAUCCUCCAGGAGGAGGCCCACAUCGCCAAGAUCGCCGAUCCGUGGGCCGGGUCCUAUGCCAUGGAGGCCCUGACGGACGAGCUGGUCCGCAAGGCCGAGGCCAUCAUCGAGGAGGUGGAGUCCCUCGGGGGCAUGGCCAAGGCCAUUGCCUCCGGCAUGCCGAAGCUCCGCAUCGAGGAGUCGGCCGCCCGCAAGCAGGCCCGCAUCGACUCCGGCCGCGAGGUGGUCGUCGGUGUCAACAAGUACCGUCUGACCGAGGAGGAGACCGAGCUGGUUGAUGUGCUGGCCAUCGACAAUGAGUCGGUUCGCAACAAGCAGGUGGACCGCCUGCAGCGGGUGCGUGCCGAGCGCGAUGCCGGCCGCGCGGAUGCCGCUCUGGCUGCCCUGGAGGCGGCGGCCGGCCGCCGGCUGGCCCUGGCCGCGGACGACAGCGCCGAGUAUGAUGCCAAUGAUGAGGACAACCUGCUGGCUCUGGCCAUCGAGGCUGCCCGGGCCCGGUGCACGGUUGGCGAGAUUUCCGCGGCCAUCGAGCGUGGCGGUGGCGGUCGCUACCAGCCGCCCACGCGCAUUCUCAGUGGCGCGUAUGCCGACGAGUUCCGCGCCUCGGAGGAGUUGGACAUCGCGCGCCAGCGGACCGCCGCCUUCGAGGAGAAGCAUGGCCGCCGGCCGCGCCUGCUCGUGGCCAAGAUGGGCCAGGAUGGCCACGAUCGUGGGGCCAAGGUGGUGGCCACCGGUCUGGCCGAUCUGGGCUUCGAUGUUGAUGUCGGGCCGCUGUUCGCCACCCCGGCCGAGGUGGCUCGCCAGGCGGUGGACGCCGAUGUCCAUGCCAUCGGCGUGUCGUCCCAGGCCGCCGGGCACAAGACCCUGGUCCCGGCCCUGGUGAAGGAGCUCCAGGCCCUCGGUGCCCCGCACAUCAGCGUCGUGGUGGGCGGUGUCAUCCCCAUCCAGGACUAUGAGUUCCUGCGCCAGCACGGUGUCAUUGCCAUCUUCGGGCCUGGCACCCGCAUUCCCAAGUGUGCGCUCGACAUCAUGGACGGUCUGGAGAAUGUCCUGGCCAAGGAGUCCGCCGGCUUGUAGGCAGAUGAAGGGCGCGCCACGCGCGAGUGCGGGAGGGCGGUGGAGGGGGAGGGCGCGCGCGAACGCGAGCGACCGAAGGAGGAUCUGUGCCUGUGUCCCUCGGUCAUGGAUUCCCUUUCUGCUCUCUCUCUCCCUCUCCCUCUCUCCCAAAGAUGCAUAUACGUUUGACGCGCCGCGCCUGCCUUGCUGUGUGCUCCGUCUGGAGGAGCAAGCUGAUGCACUUUGCCACCAUCAUACGCGCACGCACACGCACACACAAAUACACCACAUUUUCCUGCUA